AUGUCUCGUCAUACAGUCUACCUUCGCCGCCUCCUGCUGGGAAGGUACCUGAUUGUGACCAACACCGUCUCCGCGGGCACUCUGGACGGUCUGGCCGACGCGGUAGAGCAGUGCGGGGUUGAGAGCAUCCAGCCUCACGACUGGCCGCGGACUCUGCGGAUGGGGACGACCGGACUACUGCUGGGACCAGUCGACCACUGCUGGUACCGCUUCCUCGACUCCCGCUUCCCCGGCUCGCACGCCGCGGCCGUCGCAAAGAAAGUCGCCCUGGACAGUCUUAUGUACCUGCCCGUAGGUAUCGUCCUCUUCUACACGCUGCAGAUAAUAAACUUUCGCUACGUUCCAGUCGUCCUGAGAGUCAUCUUUCAGAAUGCAAUAGACUUUGUAUGGACGAUGGUAAUGUCAUACCUCAAACAUCGUGACCUCCAUAACACACACAUAUGGGACUACUGGAAAAAAUAGAUGAACUAAUGUUGUGUUGUGCUUGUGUCCAGUUUUGCAACAUUCAACCACUCAGCUAAUGUCUCCUGCAAAUCAUAUCGUCAAUUUAUAGAGCAAAAUUGUAUUUAUAGCGUCAUUACCAUGGCCUGUAAGACAUUUCUGUGAUAGAGAAUGCCUCCGUCUUCCUUCACCUUUUGCAUGUGAGCCCUCUCGGGGUCUCCUGCUACCAGCACUGGCUCUCCACACUGGCUCUGCUAGGUGAAACAAAUGAUGACGAAUGUUUAAAGCUCAGUUCCUAUAUACAUGCAU